GGUGUGUGCUAUCACGCCAGGCUUUGAAGUUUUGCCUAUCAACCCGCAGCUGAGAGCCACGCCGCAAACAAAACCAGGAAGCACAACAGCCCGCGUCGUCAAGGACCGAGCACUUUUUGGCCUUCGCCGCGACCCGUAGCCGCGCGGAGUGCGCGCGAGUGACUCGCGCAUAAAAACCCGGCUCGGGGCGUCUCGGAGUCAGUGUUGCUUCCUGCUUUGGGCCGAGCUGUUGGCGGAGCCGUGAAGAUGGCGUCGACCAGCCGUUUGGAUGCUCUCCCAAGAGUCACGUGUCCCAAUCAUCCAGAUGCAAUUUUAGUCGAGGACUACAGAGCUGGAGAUAUGAUCUGUCCCGAAUGCGGCCUAGUUGUAGGGGACAGAGUUAUUGAUGUGGGAUCUGAAUGGAGAACCUUCAGCAAUGACAAAGCAACAAAAGACCCAUCUCGAGUUGGAGACUCUCAGAAUCCUCUUCUGAGUGAUGGAGAUUUGUCCACCAUGAUUGGCAAGGGUACAGGAGCUGCAAGUUUUGAUGAGUUUGGCAAUUCUAAGUAUCAGAACCGGAGAACAAUGAGUAGUUCUGAUAGAGCAAUGAUGAACGCAUUCAAGGAAAUCACGACCAUGGCGGACAGAAUCAACCUCCCUCGAAAUAUAGUUGAUCGAACAAAUAAUUUAUUCAAGCAAGUGUAUGAGCAGAAGAGCCUGAAGGGAAGAGCUAAUGAUGCGAUAGCUUCUGCUUGUCUGUAUAUCGCCUGUAGACAAGAAGGCGUUCCCAGGACAUUUAAAGAAAUAUGCGCUGUGUCUCGAAUCUCUAAGAAAGAAAUUGGCCGCUGUUUUAAACUGAUUUUGAAAGCUUUGGAGACCAGUGUGGAUCUGAUCACAACUGGGGACUUCAUGUCCAGGUUCUGCUCCAACCUUUGCCUCCCCAAGCAAGUGCAGAUGGCAGCUACACACAUAGCCCGAAAGGCUGUGGAACUGGACUUGGUUCCUGGCAGGAGCCCGAUCUCUGUGGCAGCAGCAGCUAUUUACAUGGCUUCCCAGGCUUCAGCUGAGAAGCGAACACAGAAAGAAAUCGGGGAUAUUGCUGGUGUUGCUGAUGUUACAAUCCGACAGUCCUACAGACUGAUCUACCCUCGGGCUCCAGAUCUCUUCCCUUCAGACUUCAAGUUCGACACCCCAGUGGACAAAUUACCCCAGCUAUAAGCUGAGGCAACUAAGUGUCAUACUCUUAAUGUACGUGGAAUAUGGAACUUUGUACAUAGCCACAGAGUGCUGGUUGAGCCUUUAAUGAGGAAAAAGGAGAUGGUACGCAUUCCAGAGCUAAAUAUUAUUGCUUAGGCUUCUGUAUGUAUAUACUAGUGCAACAUAUUUAAUGACUUAAAUUUCUUACUGAAUCUGCUUUCUUUUUUAGUGAUCUAGGAAACAGUAUUUUGGAAAUUAUUGAAAUAUGUAAUUCUCAAAUAAAAAUUUAAAAGCAAA